ACAGUAUAUAUAAGCCCGCUUGAGCUCCUUGAGAAAGGUGCCUAACUACAUUUACCCUGUAGCAAUUUCUCCUGUUCGUUUACAAAUCUUGGAAAAUGAACACAGUGCGCUUAAUUAAUGUUCUUACUUUCUGUUCUGUGCAGUGUGUUUUGUGUAAAUUGAAUACGGAAUAUUUUCCCGCCAGUUUUCAGACUCCUGAACAAGGAUACUGUCUGGAGAGUUACCGGUGUCAGGGAAGAUCCGACCCUUACACUCAGGACAACUGUCAGUGUGAUUCGGAUUGCUUGAUAUACGGGGACUGUUGCCCCGACUACAAAAGCAAUCACACAGUUGAAAACAAAGCGAUUCCGAGAUUUACAUUGAAUGGCGACAGGAUUUGGAAGAGGUGGGCGGGGUGCUGCUCUUUUGCAAGCACUUAAUCAGCCAAUCAGGAAACCUGGGGAACAAGAUGAAAAAAAGCCAUCAUCAGGUGAUGCCCCAGCACUUGGUCCAGGUGUGUCCACAACAGGUAGUGCUCCAGUAAUUGCACCUCUGGGGAGAGGUUCAACAGGGCGUGGAGCUUUUUAUCAGAGCCUUCUGCAAGGUGCUUCAAUGGCAGGUGUAUCUAGAGGACAGCCAGCAGCACAACAGCCAACACAAAAUAUUCCCACCUCAGGGGGUAGAGGGGUUGCCAAUCUUCAAGCCCUUUUAAAGACUGCUGGAAGAGGAGGAGGCAUAACAGGACCCACACCACCACCACAAAUGCCCCAGGUGACGCCACCAACACAUUCCACAGUUAGUACACCUCAGGGACACUCACCUGCUCCUUCAGUACCUUCUCAGUCAGAAGUUGCACCAACCCAGGGUUCUUCAAAUCCACCCAGUAGUCAACUCAGCAAGAUGUCCUUGGACCGUCCACCUACAGUACACAAAAUAGGCACUGCAGGAAAACAGAUGAAUUUGUCUGGUAAUUUCAUUCAAAUACGAUCCGAGAAUCCAGGAGUCUAUCAAUACCAUGUAGCUUUUUCUCCCUGUAUUGAUUCCAAGAAUAUGAGAUUUAAACUAGUGAAUGCCGUCCGUGAUGUCAUUGGGUUCACCAAAGCAUUUGAUGGAUUUAUUCUCUAUUUGCCACACCAUCUUCCAGAAGAUGUGACCGUGUUACACAGCAAGAGACCUACUGAUGGAGUUGAUGUUACUAUUACCAUCAGAUUAACUAAAGUGAUCCCACCAGUGCAGUGUGUUCCACUGUACAACAUCAUCUUCAGAAGAAUAAUGAACAUUCUUGAAAUGGUACAAGUUGGUCGUUACUAUUACAAUCCCAAAACUUCAUCUGCGGUGCCACAGCACAGGCUUGAAGUCUGGCCAGGAUAUAUCACAUCUGUGUGUGAGAAUGAAGGAGGCUUGAUGCUCCUGGUAGAUGCUAGUCACAGAGUGUUAAGGACAGAAACAGUCCUCCAACUGAUGAAAACCAUUGUACAGAAAAAUCCAAAUGGAUUCCAGGAUGAAUGCACUCGUUCUUUGGUAGGGACCAUUGUGCUAACUCGGUACAACAACAAAACUUACCGUAUUGAUGACAUCUUAUGGUCAAAAACUCCACAGCACACCUUUAAGACAAGUUCAGGAACAGAGCUGUCUUUCGUAGAUUACUACAGAAAUUCUUAUCACAAAGAGAUAACUGACCAAGAGCAACCUCUGCUGUUACACAGACCAAAGAAGAAGCAACUUCCUGGUGGCAAAGUUCCUGAGAAGAGUGAAGCCAUUUGUCUGAUUCCAGAAUUUUGUUAUAUGACUGGUCUGACAGAUGAAUUGAGACAAGAUUUCAGGGUUAUGAAGGACCUUGCCUCUCAUACUCGAGUGACACCAGAACAAAGAUCAGCCACCAUGAAGAAGUUUAUAAAUGCUGUGAAUAGCAAUCCAGAAGCCAAAAAGGAGCUGACAAACUGGGGACUCAGCUUUGCUGAAAAUGCAAUUAAUAUAAAUGGUAGACUGGCUCCGCAAGAAAAGAUAAUUUUUGGCAAUAAUUACACAUGUAUGGCUGGACCUCAAGCUGACUGGAGCAGGGACGCUACCCGUAGCAAAGUCCUUACUUCAGUGGAUCUGAGGAAUUGGGUAGUGUUUUUUGUCAAGAGGGACACCAGCAAAGCUACAGAAUUUAUCAACAUGAUGCAGAAUGUCUGUAAACAGAUGGGCAUUCAGUGUAACAAACCCAAACAUUGUGAACUCGGUGAUGAUCGUGUGGACACUUUAACCAGAUAUCUCAGAGACAGCAUCAAUCCAUCGGUUCAGUGUGUGGUGGUCAUUUGUCCAACAUCCAGAGAUGAUAAAUACUCUGCUAUUAAGAAAAUCUGCUGUGUUGAAAUGCCUGUCCCAUCUCAGGUUAUCAUUGCCAAAACCAUCGCUAAGCCAGACAAACUAAGGAGUGUAACACAGAAAAUUGCGCUGCAAAUAAAUUGCAAACUUGGAGGUGAACUGUGGGGAUUGGAUAUUCCAAUGAGCAAUCUGAUGGUGGUUGGAAUUGAUGUGUAUCAUGAUAAAUCACACAAUAAGAGGUCUAUAGCAGGAUUUGUUGCCAGCACAAAUAAAAUGUGCAGUCGCUGGUACUCCAAAACUGUGCUCCAGAUGCCAGGACAGGAGUUGAUUGAUGGACUCAAGCUUUGUAUGACCUCCUCUAUCAGGAAAUAUCAUGAGGUGAACCAUGUUUUCCCAGAGAAGAUUGUAGUUUUCCGUGAUGGUGUAGGAGAUGGUGAUCUCAAGUAUAUUGAUCAUGAAGUUCAACAGCUGAAGCAGUGCUUUGGAAAUUUUGGAGGAGAGUACAAUCCCAAACUGUGUGUAGUCAUUGUACAGAAGAGGAUCAAUGCUAGGAUUUUCUUAAGGGGUGACAGGGGCUUUGAGAAUCCUCCACCUGGAAGCAUUGUAGAUGACACAAUUACAAGGAGAGACAAGUAUGAUUUCUUCAUUGUGUCUCAGCAUGUGAGACAAGGCACUGUCUCCCCCACUCAUUACAUUUGUGUUCAUGACAGUUUUGAGAUGAAACCAGAUCAUCUCCAGAGAUUGUCUUACAAGAUGACCCAUCUCUAUUACAACUGGCCUGGUACAGUUAGAGUACCUGCUCCUUGUCAGUAUGCCCACAAGCUGGCCUAUCUGGUGGGACAGAAUAUUCACAAAGAGCCCAGUGCAGAGUUGGCAGACAGAUUAUUCUUUUUGUAAACUCUCAAGAUUGUUAGACAAAAGGCAGCAUUUAGAUGGACGUUGGAUCCUGAAUUUCUGGAUUUUGUUUUUUUUUCCGUUAUGGUAUCAUAGCAAAGUAGCUGGUAAAGAUUAACUGCAGAUCAAAGUUUUAGUGUACCAAAUUGCUUUUAAAACUUGUGUUUAUUCAUACAAACAUAAAAUAUGUAUUCAAAUAACAGCCAUUCAAGCACUGCCAUUUACUUUUAUAAAGAUUAAGAUAGCAUCAUUAGCUAUUUCAAGGGAGCUUUUCUAAUCAAAGUUUGUCAAUCUGUUUUCUAUAAACUGUUCACUUUUUCAAUUUUUUUCUAUCAAUUUCAUCAAAACUUGCCACAGCAUCCUUUAGCACAGGGGAUUCAUGUUUCUUCAGACAAAGGGCCAUGUGUUUUUCCAAGAUGAGAUAAGUUAUUUUUAAGAGGAAAAAAAAAGUGGAGAUAGGGUAAGGGUGAUUAAGAACUUUUUUGAAAUUCAUCUCAAUAAUUGCAUUACAAGUUGGGGUGGGGGUAUGUCUUUAUAGGGGGGCUCAUAAUUGUAAUUUAAUGUUUUACUCAGGAAAGCUGUAGUUCAGGUGAGCGAUGUGGCCUAUGAACCUCUUGUUUUAGUUAUUUUCUUGUGUGUUAUGAUAUACAAGGUUAUUAAAAGGAAAACUUAUGCAAUACUCCUUUUAAUUUAUGUGUAUUUUUUUUUUAUUUUGUCUACAGUUUCUAAACCCUGGGACUUUUAGAUAAGGGUCUUGAUAUUCUACAUGAUGUUUUUAGUGGCGAUUUAUAUUGGGAAACAUAGCUGCAUCAUCAAAGGAUUGGCAAUACUUUUGUUUUUAUUUGGCAUCCCAUUAGUAACUAAUUUCAUACCAUUUUAAAUAAAGCUUAGAGAGAUGUAAGUGUCAAUUUGAAAAUGCAAGCAUAAUCAACAUCAGUUCAUGAUCCUGUUUGCAAUAGAGUUUCAUGGUUUUUUUGUGAUCAAUCUUGAACAGUGUAUACAUGUAAUUUGUAUGCCAAGGUAGAUUUCUAUAUUAUUACUCACUUGCCAUAACUUUCAAUUCAUGUUUUCCAAACAGUUUUCCUAUUAUUAUUUUCCUACUGAACUUCUCCAUUUUCAUCAGCUUUUCUGUUUAUAACUGUGAAGUAACAAAUGAGCUUUAAUGUGUGUGAAUGCAUCAUUAUAAAUUGUUUAAGAAAAGAUGAGCAUUUGAAUGUUAAUAAAAGUAACUGAGAUAUUUGUUUUCUGUUAUAAAUCCCAAGUUUUACUAGUCACCCCAUGUUAUUUUUGAUCUUGCCUUAAAUUGCUAUAAAUCAUUUAUCUAAAUUUGCCGAAGAUUGAAUUUGCCCAUUCAGGAUGAGAGCAAAGUGAGAGAAAAUAAAAAAGGAGGGAAGCAAAUCUCUGUAUGCAAUAUUGAUGUUUACUGCAUAUACUUGAAAUCCACAUUUUAAAUAUGUACAUGUAGGUAUGAUAAAACAUUUUGUUAAUACGGAUACUGGUAUAUAUAUUGCAAAACGUGCUAUUCAAACAAAUUUUAAAUUGUGUGACUUCCUGUUACAUGCAUGUAUUGUAAAUGGAAGGUACCUGGAAGAUAUUUGCAGUAAAUUUAAAAGUACUCUUUGUUCUGGAUCUUCUGCACACUUUAAAGCUAUUAAACUCUUUCAACAAGAUUCAGGCUUUGAAAUGAUAGCUUACUUCAUUUCUAUGGUGCAGUUAAGUAUUUUACCACUUUGUAUUAUGAAAAUAUAUUUUUAGAAAAAUUCAGAUGCAUGUACUGUAGCAUGCAUGUUUCCCCUUCAUAUGAUAUUCAACAACAAUUCCAGUGAUAGGAUGCAAUAAUUAUAAUUCUUCAGUAAAACUUCAUAAGGAGCAAUCAAGGGCAGUUACAAUAGUAAAUCCAGUUUAAUUCAGUAACACUUUUCAGUAUUUUGUACAAGUUCGUGAUAGAGCCCAGGGGUUUGCCUUUGUUAUGUGCAAGUGCCCUUUACAUUCAACUGUUUGCAUAAAGUAAAUGUGUUGCUGUAUAUAUAUGAAUCUUGACAUUAAGCAGCGCUUUGUUAUGUUAUAGUUGUUGUUUACUACACACUUGAAUAUUGAUAGUUGAUAUGAUAGGUUGAAUCUAGUCGAGAGGUCGGUCAGGAAGUGUUGCUCCUCGGUUCCCAUUUACUCUAUUUUAAUGUGAAAUCUUGUUGAUGACCAUGUUCAUUACAUUGUGGACAUUAAUUGCAAUGCAGUUAUUCAUUACCAAUAUAUAGGAGAGGGAUCCUCAGACCUGGCAUUAUCCAGAGAUGUAAAUAGUUUUAUGCUAUAAAGUCAGAAAACUUUUUGGCAUAAAACAUGUUUUUUGUUUAUUCUUUAAAUUUAAAUUGAAAGAUACAAAAUUGAGUCUGAGUAUAUGGUUUGUUUUUUUAACUUUGAAGGAAUUAAUGCAUAUCAAGGUGUGUCUUUGAAAUAUUUGUGAUUUUUAGCUCACUUGAGCUAUAAACUCAAGUGAUCUUUUCUGAUCUCCUGUAGUUGGUUCGUCUGUCCAGCAAACUUCACACAUUUUUUACUUUUUCUCUAGAACCCAUGGGCCAUUUUCAGCUAAACUUGGCACAGAGCAUUCUUGGGUAAAGGAGAUUCAAAAUUGUUCAAAUGAAGGACCAUGUCCCCUUCCAACAGGAGAUAAUCAAUAAAAGAUAAAAAUAGGAUGGGGUAAUUUAACAACUGGGGUAGAAAAAAUUGGGAUUCAAAGUUUUACAUGAAUGUGGAUUAAGUUUAGUUUUUGCUUUUUUUACCAAAUUUUUUACCCUUGGGAUCAAAUUUUGCCUAAUACAUAAAGUGUGUGUGUGUGGGGGGGGGGGGGGGGGGGGUGUCUCUUAUCGAGAACAGCAAGGCUAAUUUAGUAAUAAUAAUAUUAAAGUAUCCCUAUGUUGAGUGGAUUUAAGUUGGGUUAAGUCGUAAUCCCGUAGGGCUAAAAUUGUGUCAAAAAUUUUCCUGUGAAUAAAGAGGGUCAAAAUCUUUUAAAAGAACAGCAGGGUCAAGGUGACUUGAGUGAGCAUUGUGGCCCAUGGACCUAUUUUUUUCCCUACCUUGUAUUCUUUAGAACUGUUUCAUAUGUAUGUAUAGUUUGUGUUUAAUUGGGACCAGUUCACUUUGGACCAAGUUGGAUUCAGAAUAGUAUUAACGUACAAUAUUUUUUCUGCUUUCUUUCAUACUGUAAGUAUUGGAUUUCUAGCGUUCAAUAAAUUUCUUGUUUUUUAUCUCAUUUGCCUAUUUUUGGUUAAAAUAGGAAAAAGAAAAUUUUUGGUUCAAAGGUUUUGCUAUAUCAAUUCUAGGUGAUGUAUCAUGAAUAUUUAAUUCGUAACCCAUAUUGGAUUUAUUCUGAACUUGGUUUAGAUUCAUCUGUAUAAGCAUUGCAGUGUGAACUAGCCCUAAAACACAUUUUUGUACUGUAACUUUAGAACUGUAAUCAUACUUUGUUGAAAUUCAUGCAUACUGCAUCAAGGUAUAGAUGCAGUUAUUGUCUGCAGUUUUUUAUGGACUGAAAGAUGUAAUAAAUUUUUGAGGAGGAA